UUAAACUAUUAAAAAGUAACCAGGGACUUUGGACUUAUAAGGCGGGACAUACCGAGUAUCCAGCGAAAAUAUUGACCUGGCUACAGUCACAAUUCUGAGAGUUCGAACUGCCACCAUAAUAUUUAUGUUGAUUUCCGGAAAUUUGUGGGGCGGAGCUCCUCGCGGUUAAAAGGGAAGUUGAGAGAAAGGAGGAAGCUAGUCAAAUAACAAAACCCGGAAAAUUCACGUACUGACGAGAGUUCCAAGUGAAAGAUCAGAAAAGAAGAAUCUCGCAAGUAUGGCGACUGUAAAACAAGGGCAGCUGCACAAAUCGAAGAAAAAUAUAAUCUCCCACCCGGCCUUGAUUGUCGUUGUUGUUGUUUUCUUGUACUCUCUCAACCCCUCUACCGUCUGCGAGGCUAGGGCGACGAGGAGUUUGUCAGAUGAGGUAGAAUCCUACAAUAAAUACUAUAAUUACGGGAAUCUGACGCGGCUUCUCAAAUCUUUGUCCACCAGGUAUCCUCAUAUCGCGAACUUGUCAAGCGUGGGUCAGUCAGUACAGGGCAGGGAGCUGUGGGUGAUGAGAAUCACCAAGGACCCCACAGCGGAUGGACCGGGGAAGCCUAAAUUUAAAUACGUGGGGAACAUGCAUGGAGACGAGACGGUGUCCCGGCAGGUGUUGGUGUACCUGAUAGAACACCUACUAACCCGGUAUGGAGAGGAUCCGCGUGUCACUGAGCUGGUCAACAACACCGACAUCCACGUCAUGCCAAGCAUGAACCCCGACGGCUUCGAGAAGUCCAAGGAGGGAGACUGUAACGGAAAAAACGGGGGUAGAGAGAAUGCCAAAAGUGUCGACUUGAACAGAAGCUUUCCAGACCAGUUUGACACCAUAAACGUUCGAAAGGAAGACAUUCCGGAAGUCACGGCCGUCAUUAAAUGGAUUCUUGAUAACAAGUUCGUCCUAUCUGGUAAUCUCCACGGGGGUACUGUUGUGGCCAGCUAUCCCUUUGACGACUCUAAAUCACACGAUCCAGACGGCCACUAUAGCAAGUCCUCGGAUGACGCGCUGUUCAGGUACCUGGCCCAGACGUACGCUGAGCACAACCCUGUCAUGAGAACAGGCGAGCCCAACUGCCCGGACGCUCCGCUCGAGACAUUCAAGGGCGGCAUCGUAAACGGGGCACAGUGGUACGACGUGCCAGGGGGGAUGCAGGACUAUAACUACCUGCAGGGGAGCUGCCUGGAGAUCACCAUGGAGCUGAGCUGCUGUAAACACCCCCUUGCCUCGCAGCUCCACGCCGAGUGGGACAACAACCGGGAAUCUCUCCUGGCUUACAUGGAAAAGGUGCACAUUGGUGUUCGCGGGUAUGUGAGAGGGGCAGAGAAUGGGAGCGUUCUCUCUGACGUGAGGAUAGCUGUGGCAGGGAUCAACCACAACAUCAGCACAGCCAGGUUUGGAGACUACUACCGUCUGCUCCUGCCUGGCAGCUACAACAUCACAGCCAGUCUCCCAGGGUACCUGCCCAUGACUGUGGGGGGUGUGCAGGUUGUGGAGGGGAAGGCCACAGAGCUGAACUUCACUCUGGCCGCGGUGAGAGCAGAGCCCCCCCCCAGCACUCCGGCAGCCCCGCCCGACCCCCCCGGUGGCAGCGGAAGCGGAGGCUCCACCCCCGACACCCCGCCCCCCCCUCCACCGCCCGUGCAGCCCCAGGACUUCAGACACCAUCACUACAACGACAUGGAGCUGUUCCUCAUCCGCUACAGCACCGAGUACCCUGCCAUCACGCGCCUCUACUCCAUCGGCACCUCCGUGCAGAACCGCCACCUCUACGUCAUGGAGAUCACAGACAACCCGGGCGUGCACGAGGAAGGGGAACCAGAGUUCAAGUACAUCGGCAACAUGCACGGUAACGAAGUGGUGGGUCGCGAAGUGCUCCUCAACCUGAUCGAGUACCUGUGCCGUAACUACGGCAACGACCCUGAGGUCACCCAGCUGGUCAACAGCACGCGCAUCCACAUCAUGCCCUCGAUGAACCCGGACGGAUAUGAGCUCGCCCAGGAGGGUGACGUCAAAGGCUACAUGGGGCGCAACAACAGCAACAAUUUUGACUUGAACCGGAACUUUCCGGACCAGUUUGUCUCCAUUCCUGACCCCCAGCAGCCAGAGUCCAUCGCCGUGAUGAACUGGCUGAGGAUGUUCCCUUUCGUCCUGUCCGCCAACCUGCAUGGAGGGUCUUUGGUGGUGAACUACCCUUACGAUGACAACGCAGAGGGGCGAACCACCUACAGCAAGUCUCCCGAUGACGCCGUCUUCAAGAUGGUGUCUCUGGCAUACGCACAGGGGAAUCCUCUCAUGAGUAAGGGGGUACCUUGCUUGAAGCUGUACCCACAAGAGUUCUUCCAGGAUGGCAUCACCAACGGGGCGGGCUGGUACAAUGUGCCAGGGGGCAUGCAAGACUGGAACUACCUCAACACCAACUGCUUUGAGGUGACCAUCGAGCUGGGCUGCGUGAAAUACCCGCUAGCCAAAGACCUGCCCAUGUACUGGGAACAGAACCGCCGGGCCCUGCUGCAAUUCAUACAUCAGGUUCACAGGGGGGUGAAGGGCAUGGUGAUGGAUGGUAAAGAUGGCACGGGUAUCUCCAAUGCUACCAUCACUGUGGCAGAGGUGGAUCACCCCAUCACCACCAAUAAGGCAGGGGACUACUGGCGCCUCCUAGUCCCGGGAACGUACCGGCUGACUGCCUCCGCACGCGGGUACACUCCCGUCUCUGUGUACGCCACCGUGCCGGAGGGGGGGGUGGAGCAGGUGGACUUCCGGCUGACCCGGGUGCGCAGUGAGGAGGGUGCGGGGCCGACCCGGGACCCCACGGAGGAGGAGUUUGAGCACUUCAUUAAGGAGCUCUCCUCCGAGCGAGGCCUGGAGGAGCUGCUGCGGUCCACCGCCCCCCACAGCAGCUUCCGCUACCGGCCCUACAUCGAGCUCUCCGAGUUCCUGAGGGGCCUCACCUACAACUUUCCCAAAAUCACACACCUGCACAGUUUGGGACAGAGUGUGGAGUUCCGGACCAUCUGGGCCCUGGAGAUCUCCAACAAGCCCACGGUCGACGAGCCCGCUGAGCCCAAGAUCCGGUUUGUGGCCGGUAUCCACGGCAACGCGCCCGUGGGCACGGAGCUUCUGCUGGAGCUUGCCGCGUUCCUGUGCAUCAACUACGGCAAGAGUCCCGCCGUUACCAAGCUGAUUGACAGGACGAGGAUCGUGAUCCUGCCGCUGGUGAACCCGGACGGCAGAGAGCUGGCCCAGGAGAGGCACUGCGCCUCCACCGAGGGCCUCACCAACGCCAACAAGAAGGACCUGGACACGGACUUCUUCGGGAAUGCAUCGCAGCGCUUCCGGGAGAUGCAGCCAGAGACGGAGGCAGUGAUGAAGCUGAUCCAGACAAAGGGCUUCACCCUCUCUGUGGCUCUGGAUGGGGGGUCACUGCUCGCCACGUACCCCUACAACAAGCCCGUCCAACCAGGUACGCACCCCUACAACAAGCCCGUCCAACCAGUGGAGAAUGAAGACACGCUGAAGUACCUCGCUUCAGUUUAUGCGAACAACCAUCCCUCAAUGCACCUUGGGCGUCCCGGAUGUCCAAACAGUCAAGUGGAGAACAUUCCGGGUGGGGUCCUGCGUGCAGCGGAAUGGCACAGUCACAUGGGCAGCAUGAAGGAUUUCAGUCUGGAUUUUGGCCACUGUCCUGAGAUCAGUGUGUACACCGGCUGCUGCCUGUUCCCGUCGGCCAGCCAGCUCUCCGGCCUGUGGGCCCAGAACAGCAAGUCUCUGCUCAGCAUGCUGGUGGAGGUGCAUAAAGGCGUGCGGGGCGUGGUUAAGGACCGGAGCGGCAGGCCCAUAGCGGGGGCCAUGAUAGUGCUGAACGGGGGGGUGCGGGUGUUCACCAGCGAGGGGGGGUACUUCCACGCCCUGCUGGCCCCUGGGGCGCACAACAUCGAGGCCGUCGCCGAUGGUUACCAGCAGCAGCGGCAGAAGGUGUUUGUGUCAUCGUAUGAAGCCGCCAGCUCCAUCACCAUCGAGUUCGACAUGGACAACCACAUCUUCGGCCUCCCGCGGGAAUUUGUGGUGGCCAGCGCAGCGGCCUCCAUGACGGCUCUGGUCAUCACCGCCUGCAUCAUCUGGUGCGUUUGCUCGGCCAAAUCCACACAGCAGAAGGACGGCUUCCACCGGCUGCGGCAGCACAGGCAGGACUACGAGGACGACAUCAGGCUGACCUCCAUGGGCUCGGAGAAGUCCCUGCUCAGCCCCGAGUUCCAGGACGAGAGCGAGAGUGAGGAGGACACGCUGUACGCCAACAAGCUCUGAGCCCCGCCCACUGUCCCAGGCCCCGCCCACUGCCCCGAGCCCCACCCACUGCCCUGAGCCCCACCCACUGCCCCGAGCCCCACCCA